AUGGACGUCAAGGCGACGGCGCUGCUGAAGCUGGUGUACCUGGAGAUGGUCGGUCACGACAUGUCGUGGGCCUCGUUCCACGUCCUCGAGGUCAUGUCGUCGCCAAAGUACCACCAGAAGAGGGUCGGGUACCUGGCCGCCGUGCAGAGCUUCCGACCUGACACCGAAGUGCUUAUGCUGGCGACGAAUCUCUUGAAGAAGGACCUGUCGUCGACGCAAGCAACCACUAUCUCGCUACCCAUGACCACGCUGCCGCACAUCAUCACCCCGUCCCUCGCCCUCUCGACCCUCUCCGACCUGCUCCCGCGCCUCGGCCACUCGAACCCGGCCAUCCGCAAGAAGACCAUCGUGACGCUGUACCGCCUGGCCCUGGUGUACCCCGAGACGCUGCGGGCGGCGUGGCCCAAGAUCAAGGAGCGCCUGAUGGACAAGGACGAGGACCCGAGCGUCACAGCGGCCAUCGUCAACGUGGUGUGCGAGCUCGGCUGGAGGAGGCCACACGACUUCCUGCCACUGGCGCCUAGGCUGUUUGAGCUGCUUGUGGACGGAGGUAACAACUGGAUGGCCAUCAAGCUGAUCAAGCUGUUUGCGACUUUGACGCCGUUGGAGCCGCGACUCGUUCGCAAGUUGCUGCCGCCCCUGACUGAGCUGAUCCGGACGACGCCUGCCAUGUCGUUGCUGUAUGAGUGCAUCAACGGCAUUAUCCAGGGCGGUAUCCUGGGCAGCGCGGACGACAUCUCGGGCAGAGAGGAGAUUGCGACCCUUUGCGUGAACAAGCUCAGGGGCAUGAUCAUGGUGGAUGUGAAAUACGUCGCGUUGCUUGCUUUCAACAAGAUUGUCGUGACGCACCCGUUCCUUGUUGCGCAACAAGAGGACGUGAUCCUAGAGUGCAUCGACAGCCCGGACAUCACCAUCCGCAUCAAGGCCUUGGAUCUCGUCCAGGGUAUGGUUAGCAGCGACAACCUGGUGUCCAUCGUGAGCCGUUUGAUGAAGCAGCUCAAGUCGUCCACACCUAAGAGGGAUCGACCAGGGGCGCCGCUUGGCCCGGAUACCGGGAUGGACUCGGACGAGGAGGCACAGGUCGAAAUCCACUCGCCGACAAAAGAGCAGGAAGAGCCUCCACUGCCCGACGACUACAGGAGCGACGUGAUCGGGAGGAUCCUGACCAUGUGUUCGCAGAACAACUACAGCAGCUUGGUGGAUUUUGACUGGUACAUCGAUGUCCUCAUCCAACUCGUCCGCAUGGCGCCGACACCGCGGACGGUUGAGACGGAACUCGACUCAGUCGCCGCCUCUGGCAAGUCGACCGCAGGAGACGUGUCUGGAAGAAUCGGAGACGAGUUGAGGAACGUUGCAGUCAAGGUCCACGCGCUACGAGGCGCAGCCGUCCGGGCUGCCGAUCUCAUCAUCCAGCAGAUGAACACCGACACUCCCGCAGGCCAUGCCCUCGCGUCGGCAUCACUAAAGUCCACGUCCUGGCUGGUUGGAGAAUACGCCAACCAGCUGGCGUUCCCCGAAGAUACGCUAGGCAACCUGCUGAGGAUACUAUCUCGGACACACAUACCCGAUAUUCUUACGACCAGUCUGCAGGGCGUCACAAAGAUAUUCGCCUACAUCGCAGGCAACGAAGGCCAGCCAUGGACCCCCGAGUGGAAGACAAAGAUCUCGUUGCUCCUGGCCCGCGUCAUCCACACCCUCGAGCCGCUCGCUCUCCACCCCAAUCUUGAGGUCCAGGAGAGAUCUGUAGAGUUCAUCGAACUCCUGAAACUCACUGCGGAGGCCACCUCGGGCCAGGCAGCGUCUUCCGACGAAGAGCACCAAGACCCUCCGCUGUUGCUCACCCAGGCUAUUCCGUCUUUGUUCCAGGGAUGGGAGCUCAACUCUGUGGCUCUGGGGGCGCAAAGGAAUGUGCCCAUGCCCGAGGGCCUGGACUUGGAUGAGCCCAUCCACCCGAACUUGGCUCAUCUUCUUGCUCAGGCGGAUGUUAUACCCGUGGAGGCCAACGAUACGGACGAUUUCGAGGUUUACUACCAUCAACGCCCGGCGCCCACAAGCAUAUCCUCGGCCGAACCGGCGAUCAACCGGAUCGCUGACGCCCCGACAGAAGAGGUUGUCAGCUCGUAUCAGCAGGCGACCGAAGACAGCUAUCUCGAUGCUGACAUUGUGGCAAGGAGGAAAGCCGAGCGCAGCGAACGGAACCGCGAUGACCCGUUCUACAUUGGUGCUCCCGACACCGCGCCCAGAACUUCGACACCGAUUCACAACAUCCUCCAGAAAGAAAACGGACCGGAUCUCGACAUAGACUCCAUACCGAUCAUGCAGCUGGAUCUCGACAAGCUAGGCAGCUCGGCGCCCGGGCCCACCCCUCCCAUCCACCGACCGCAGCAGCGGCCGAAGCAAAGGGUCGUCAUCGCCGCGGACGAGACGCUCGCCGGCAGCGGGGUCUCGACACCGCGCAACUACGAGUCGGAGAACAACUCGGACAGCUUCACCAAGUCGCGCGCCAAGAAGCUCCGCCAGGGGCUCCUGCAGGUGGACUCGUCGACGCUCGGGUCCCUCAGCCUCGAGGGCGACACGGGCUCGUCCAACGCGCCGUUCGACUACGAGCGGCAGCAGCGCGAGGAGGCGGAGAUGGCGCAGGCGAUGAAGGAGGUGGAGCGGCUGCGGCUCGAGAUGCAGCGCGCCAACGAGCGCAUCCAGGUGGCGCAGGGUGUCGACGUCGCGGGCACGGUGGUCAAGAAGAAGACCAAGAAGAGCAAGGACAAGGAAAAGGACAAGGACGGCGCCGGGGCGGUCAAGCCCAAGAAGAAGAAGAAGAAGGCCGUGGCCGAGGUCGCGCCCCCGGCGGUCCUCCUGACGGAAGACGCCGAGAACAGCGGCGGCGGCGAGGACAGCGCGCUGAUGCCGGCUCCUGAGACGGCCGUCGAGGGCCAGGAGCAGGGGCAGGGCGGCGGCGGCGUCGACGACGCCGGCCCGGCCGUCGUGGUGCCCAAGAAGAAGAAGAAAAAGAAGACGACCAAGAUGGCCGAGAUUGCGGGGGAUAGCGGUUAG